GAUCGUUGUAGGUCUUUUGGAGAUUACUUUAAGAAGACUUAGAUCUCUUGAUCAUCCAAGUAGGGUUUCGAUCGUUGAAGGGCUUUUGGAGAUGACUUUAAGAAGACUUGGAUCUCUUGAUCAUCCAAGUAGAGUAGGUCCUCACUUUCCGAGGGCGAUGCCAAUAUAAGGUAUUAUCUACUAUGGCACCCAAGCAAGACCAAAGCUACACACGCGGGCGAUCAAAGUCUGUUGCCCCAUCUGCACGCAUGAUCAUCGACUCUGAUGAUGAGCGGGACCCUGAGUAUGUGCCCCCAGGCACUUCCACACCUUCCCGUGUUGCACGUUCUCCCAAAGCCACACCCAAAAAGGUGGCAUCCGGCGUAGUCACUGCCUCCCAGUCUGAUGAGGAGUGCACACUGACCGGCACACCUUCUGGGUCAGCCAUAAAUGAUGAAGGAGCGUCUGUCUCCUUUGGAGUAUCCUGGUCCGAGGAAUCCUCUGACUCUUCUCAGGUUCUCGUCCCCGCCACUACUGCAGCGUCGGCCUCGUCUGAUGAGGCUGACAGUUCAGACUCUACAUCCGGCUCAUCAGCUCAGGUCCCCACUCCAGCCACUGACCAGCCCAACCGGUGGUGUGUCGACGGGCAGUUUCAAGUCAACUCCGACGCCAAGUUCCUGACUGAUAAAGGAAUGAUGACUCGAAUACUCACCUUGGAGCGGUGGGUACUUAAAGAGAGUCUCCCAACAAUGCCGGAGAUCCCAACCUCUUCACCAGGCAUCGCUUAGCAUGGACAGCACGUCCGUUGGGAUGAUACAACGAGGAAAUGGUCCGAGAGUUCUACGCAUCCUACGUAGCGACUCUCUGAUCACAGAUCGAUAGGCAGGCUUCCCCUGCUAAACAGGACCCACUGGAGCAGGUUCGAGUCCAUGGUGUGUAGGUUGACAUUUCCCUACCAACCAUCCGCUGGUUUCUAUACGGGGAGAACGCAGAUGCUACUUGGACCCCCAUCACUGCCAAGUUUGACUACCGCUGGCAGAUAGUAAAGGAUGGACAAUUCUUGCGUGAGCCAGCACUGAGAGAGACCACCAAGAGGUGGAUGGCCCUGCACCUGUCAAUAGAUGUAGAGGGUGAAAAUUGGGCGACUGAGCCGAAGGGGGCCAUCAAGAAGGCCAACCUCACAUUCACAGCAAAGUUCUAGAGAGGAAGAUGAUGCAGUUUACAGAGCGGAAGAUAGCUGAGGUUAACCAGCGUUUGGACGCCUUUGA